AUGGCUGAUGGAACAGCAAGACAACCACUGCCAGGUGAUGAAGGCCAGCAGACUCCAGCUGAGGCUGAGAGAGAGGUACACGAACUGCAGCCUAGACAGGCUGGACAACAACGGCCCCAAGCACCGGGACAAGAAAACGUGGCCCAGCCGCCAGCACUGCAGAUGGCUGUAGGGAAAGUAGGGGAUUUUUUCGGAGGAGCGAUCAUCAGGAUCCAGAGCCAAGCCCUCGCAGCAGCGGGCCUCGUGGGAGGCCUUGUGGCAGGAUCAUCUGGUGCAGCUGCGUUCGCAGCCAGCAAGGUUACGGAUUCCCCUGGGGCCAUUGUGGGAGCAGGUUUGGCUACAGGCCUGGCUACAGGAGUGACGACCCUGGCAGCCUUCUACUUGGCUAACAAGCAACAAACAGAGGAAGCCCUCCGAAGGGCGGUAGAGCGGGAACGGCACAUUCAAGUAGAAGAGAUAGAGGAAGGGUCACUUCUAGUGAGGGUCAAGUUUCUAACACUGGCUGGGUACUGGGUGAUGCGCAGCUUGAACGAGAGAAUCCACGCGGGGACCGACCGCACCUGUCUGCAGCUGCUACUGGAGGAUGAGCUGCAGAGGAUCGGCUGGACCGGACCGAUCCAAGUGGGGCUGGAGGGGUGGUGGUUUGCUGAGGAGGAGGGACAGGAGGAGGAGGAGGAGGCAGGGAUGGAGCAGGAGGAGAGAUGGGAGUGGGCAGGGAUGGGGGAGAAACAGUCAGUACCAGGCAGUGUGACAACAGAAGGAGACUCAGGCCUGCCUGAAGACGUGUCCUCUGUAGCAGCCAUGUCCAUCUCUUCAGCUGGAGAGGUGGAGGAGGGGCCACUCAAGCCGUCCAGAGCCAGCCUACAGAAGCACAAGGACUCACCAACAGCACAACGUUACAUCAAGGCCUACAGGUCCUGGGAGGAAGGAGCAGAAAUCCUGACAAGUAGUGGGUACUCAGAUGUGGCGGGAGUGAAGGCCUUGGUACUUGGAUUCAUGCAGCGUGACACAGUACCAUCAUAUCACACAAGUACAGUACUGUAUGAACAGUCAUGGUUAAACCUGAAUAAAGCCCAACUGAAGAAGCUGACGAUCUCCCAGCUACAAGCUGACCCCACGGACAGCACCUGUCUGCUGCUGACAGCCCUACAGCUGCCACAUGGAGACAGCCGGGUGCAGACCCUGCAGCAGGUGGUUGAUGCUGUCCUACAGCACGGACCUGGAGACUGGCUGUACCAACACCUGCACCACAUCUACCUCUACCUGGGGUGGACCAUAUGGGAGGCAAGUCCUAAGCCAAAGCCAACAAUGAUGUCAAAGCUUUUCAAGAGGUCUGACCUACCAACUACAAAUCUGUCUGCUCUAGCCAAAGCCCUGUCUGCCAUGGCGAGUUCCCUUAUGUACAAACAGGACCAUUUGGAGACUGUGUACUCCACAGCCCUACUGUCUAAGGAAGUGUCUGAGACAGAAGCAAUCAGACAGUUGGAGCACUUCCUCAGGCUGGCACCAGAGUGUGAUUGGUUUGUGCCACUUGCUCACUACCGCCUGACCACCCUGUACGGACAUCAGCAGGACAGGCAGAAGGUGAUUCACCACUUCACCACAGGGCAGCAGAGGGAGGCCAACAGGCUACCUGUGUUUCCUGAGGUCCCCAAACACACCAAAGAUCCUGCUAGAAAGGCAUAUGAACAGUUUAACUGA